AUGGGAAAAUAUAAAACCAAGGUGGGAAUUAUCGGGGGCUCCGGAUUGGGCGAUAUCGCAAAUAAAGUCCUGAAAAACAGCAAUCAGAUUGAUUUAAAGGAUUUAAAAAAUGACUUUGGGUUUCCCAGUGGAAAUAUUCAUACCGGAGUCAUCAAUGGCGUCGAGGUUGCCUUGUUAUCUCGACAUGGCCAAGGACACAAAAUUAACCCGACUAAUGUAAAUUAUCGCGCAAAUAUCGAAGCGCUAAAAUUGAUAGGUUGCACUCAUAUAUUAGCGUCUAAUGCUUGCGGAUCACUGUGCGAAGAAAUUGGCCGCGGACAAUUAGUUAUUCCUGAUAGUUAUAUUGACCGGACUGUUGCGAGAAAAAACAGUUUAUUUGAUGGAACUUCUCCGCGGUACCAGGGAGUCUGCCAUAUGCCGAUGGAACCGUCGUUCCAUCCAGACGUCGCUGAUGUAUUUGAACAAGCUGCUAAGGAACUGGGUAUUAAUGUCAGAAGAGGAGGAACUAUUGUAAUUAUUGAGGGACCGAGAUUUUCUUCGAAAGCGGAGAGUAAUGCUUUCAGAUUAUGGGGUGGUCAUCUUGUCGGUAUGACUACGUGUCCUGAGGUAAGAUAG